CACCCCGGGACCAGGCAAACCUGUCAUCAAUAACGCAUAUCCACAUUGCAAGAAUCGUGAGAGACAAUCAUCAAUCUCAUCUUACUCGUAUACGUCCUACAUUCAGCAGGACAUCUCCUACGCACAACCCACUUCACCAUGUCCAGACUCGCCCCCUUGGUUAUCGACAAUGGUACCGGUUAUUCCAAGUCGGGAUUCGCUGGAAACUCGGAGCCCUCUUUCGUCUUCCCCACAGCCAUCGCGACUCACGCCUCCCCCUCGUCAUCUUCCUCCUCGAACGCUGGUGGACGAGGUCCUCCUGUUGCCAACAAGCCCGGACAUCUAGCUUCCAAGCGGGGGAUCGACGACCUCGACUAUUUCAUUGGAGACGAAGCUGUAGCCAACGCAAAGACCUACAACGUCCACAGCCCGAUCAAACAUGGGCAGAUUGACAACUGGGACUUGAUGGAGAGGUUUUGGGCCAAGACGAUCUUCAAGUAUCUGAGGGCUGAGCCGGAGGAUCAUUAUGUUCUGCUCACCGAGCCUCCUCUCAACGCUCCCGAGAACAGGGAGAACACGGCCGAGAUUAUGUUCGAGAGCUUCAACGUCCAAGGCUUAUACAUUGCCGUCCAGGCCGUAUUGGCCCUCGCGGCCUCGUGGUCUAGUAACAAGGUCGCCGAUCGAACAUUGACGGGUGUGGUCAUCGAUAGUGGUGACGGUGUUACCCACACCAUCCCCGUAGCCGACGGAUACGUCAUCGGGUCCUCGAUCAAGCACGUCCCGAUUGCCGGUAGGGAUAUCACUCAGUUCGUCCUCAACCUCUUGAGAGACCGGGGUGAACAGGCGAUUAUCCCGCCCGAGGACCAGUGGAGGGUGGCUGAGAAGAUCAAGGAGGAUUACACAUACGUCUGUCAGGACAUCGUCAAGGAGAUCAAGAAGACCGAUGCGGAUCCCUACAAGUACUUUGCAAGGUUCACCGGCGAGCACAGCGUCACCGGAAGGCGUUACGACGUGGACGUCGGAUACGAGCGGUUCUUGGCACCUGAGAUCUUCUUCAACCCGGAAAUCUACUCGUCGGACUUCUUGACCCCCUUGCCCGAGGUCGUCGAUACCGUCAUUCAGACCAGUCCGAUCGAUGUCAGACGAGGGCUUUACAAGAACAUUGUCCUCUCUGGAGGUUCGACCAUGUUCAAGGAUUUCGGCAGGAGGUUGCAACGUGACGUAAAGCAUAUCGUCGAUGGGAGGAUUGCCAACAGCGAGACUGCGAGUGGUAGUCACAUGCGAUCAAGCGGAGUCGAGGUAAACGUUAUCUCGCACAAGAGACAACGGUUCGCCGUCUGGUACGGAGGAAGCUUGAUGGCGUCGCUCCCCGAGUUCUACAAUGUCGCCCAUACCAAGGCGCAAUAUGAGGAAUUCGGACCGAGCUUGGUCCGGAGGUUUUCGGUCUUUGGCAGCGCCUCGUAAAGCGACGUCGCCACCAGCGGAGAUGAGGUUAGGGAUGAUUUGCGAAGGAGGUUGUGAGUUCGAAAGAAAAAGGACGAUCAAUAAGGAGAAGAAAGAAAGAAAGCGUCGAGGAUGGAGAGCUGAACCGGGAAGAUGGGGUAUCGAUCGCCUCUAUUUGUAUGCCAUUUGGGUUUCUGCAGUUGGUCUUGUUUAUUGUUCAUCGUUUGUGCUUGCGUCAUGUGGAUAUAUGAUUCGAUGUUUCGUGAA